AUGGUCGUGUCUUGGCUCCAAAACUCGAUCAAUCAUUCUCUCCAGUCCAGCGUUCUGUUCGUUGAUGAUGCUCAAGAAAUUUGGUUGGAUCUUCAGGAGCGAUUCUCUCAACAAAACAGUCCCCGUAUCUACCAACUCAAAAAGGAUUUGGCUGCUCUGCUUCAAGACCACGACCCGGUUAGUAUUUACUAUAGAAAAUUAAAAGCUCUUUGGGAUGAACUUUCUGUAUAUGAUCCCAUUCCAGCUUGUAAUUGUUGUCUUAUGAAAACAUUGCUGGAUCGAUCUCAACGAGAUUGUGUACUGCAAUUUUUAAUGGGUCUCAACGACUCAUAUACCCCCAUCCGAGACCAAAUCAUGCUCAUGGAUCCCCUUCCCCCUGUCUCUAAGGUGUUUUCCCUAGUGCAACAGCAGGAAAGACAUCACGAAAUGACCUCCCACAGCGCAUCUCCCGAAACCAUGGCUAUGGCAGUGAAGAAACCCUACACUCCUUCCAAAUUCUCUCCUAAACCAAACCACUCUUUCAAAAAGGACCGUCCCUACUGCAGUCACUGUAAAAUUACUGGCCAUAUUUUUGAGACUUGCUUCAAGGCUGGUAAUGCUGAACCACCCCUUUGCACAAAUUGCAACUUGACUGGCCACACCAUUGAAAAAUGCUACAAACUCAAUGGAUAUCCACCUGGCCACAAAUACCACACCAAGCAGCAGUAG